UGGGAGCCCGGCCCGGUCCGCACCCCAGGAGGGCAUGCGCCCCUCUUCGGGCGGCGGGAGUGCUGGGCCCCCAGCGCCCGGAGUUGCCCAAGGGUUUGAGUGACUCCUCCUCGGGGACCCUCCCUUCUGGGGCACGUCAUUCUCCCUACCCCUGGGUACCGACCCCGCGGGCUUUUCCGGAGCUACGCUGGGACGCUGGGACGAGUCGCAGCCACCUGCUCCGGAGCGGAGGAGCCUGGGGCGCCGUCGCCGGCGCAUGGGUCCAUAAGCCCAGGGCCCCAUGGAGCUGCGGGCCGGCAACGCCAGCUGUGAGAACGGUUCCCUGAUCAGUCUCUACUGCUCCUCCCAAGAAGUCCUGUGUCAGAUCGUUGGUGGCCUCAGCCAUGAGGUGCCCAACAAUGCCACCUUUGACAGCUGGCAGGAGAGGAUCAGAAAGAACUAUGGCUUCUACAUUGGCCUGGGCCUGACCUUUGUGUCCAGCUUCCUCAUCGGCAGCAGUGUCAUCCUCAAGAAGAAAGGCCUCCUGCGACUUGUGGCCACAGGGGCCACUCGGGCUGUGGACGGGGGCUAUGGCUACCUGAAGGACUUGAUGUGGUGGGCUGGAUUUCUCACCAUGGCUGCUGGAGAAGUUGCCAACUUUGGGGCCUAUGCAUUUGCACCUACAACAGUUGUCACACCGCUGGGAGCCCUGAGCGUCCUCAUAAGUGCCAUCCUCUCCUCGUAUUUCCUGGGAGAGCGUCUGAACCUGCUGGGGAAGCUGGGCUGUGUGAUCUGUGUGGCUGGCAGCACAGUGAUGGUGAUACACGCCCCUGAGGAAGAGAAGGUCAAUACCGUGGUGGAGAUGGCUUCCAAGCUGAAAGACACAGGGUUCAUCGUGUUUGCUGUGCUUCUGCUGGUGUCCUGCCUCAUCCUCAUCUUCAUCGUCGCCCCGCGUUAUGGGCAAAGGAACAUCCUCAUCUACAUCACCAUCUGCUCCGUGAUCGGAGCCUUCUCAGUGACUGCAGUCAAGGGUCUGGGCAUCACCGUUAAGAACUUCUUCCAGGGGUUGCCAGUCGUACGGCACCCCCUCCCCUACAUCCUGUCCCUCGUCCUGGCUCUCUCCCUCAGCACUCAGGUCAACUUCCUCAACAGGGCCCUGGACAUCUUCAACACCUCCCUGGUGUUCCCCAUCUACUACGUGUUCUUCACCACGGUGGUGGUGACCUCCUCUGUCAUCCUCUUCAAGGAGUGGUACAGCAUGUCUGCCGUGGACAUCGUGGGCACCCUCUCUGGCUUUGCCACCAUCAUCUUGGGUGUAUUCAUGCUCCAUGCUUUCAAAGACUUGGAAGUCAGCUGGGCCAAUUUGCCCCGCACGCACAGAAACCCUCCGCCAUCGCCCACCCCAGAGCCCACGGUUAUUAGACUGGAAGAUAAGAAUGUCCUUGUGGACAAUAUAGAGCUUGCCAGCACUCCGUCACCAGUGGAGAAGCCCAAAGUAUUUAUAAUCCAUUCUUAAAGCUCAGAAUACAUGAGUGAGAGGAUGAGCCCAAUGGUGCAACCUGACCUCUUGAAUUCAAAACAUGCUUAUUUUUGGUGCAGCUGUUGCCAAUGGACUGUUUUUCCUUGAGAUGUUAACUUAUACCUCAUCACUGUUUCUAGGAGAAAAUUUUCCACCCAAGGAGAGGUGGUGGCAGAAAUUCCUAGAAACAGCCUCAGUGACCAAAUAUCUUAGUUUACAUUGGAGCCAGCAGGUCCCCUGGGCCUCCCUUUCCACGGGUUCCUUUGGUGCCAUCUCUGUAUUGGGAAGAAGAGAGAAUUUGACACGUUGAAUGUCACAAUCUAAGAACUUUCCUGAGAUUUUAGCCCUCAGGGAAUCCUUUGUACCAGUUCUCCUUCUGAGACUGAAUCGCCAUUCCUUAGCCCAAGAAUGAGAUAGAGCUAGCUUCCCGAGACCAGUUUGUCAGCCACCCCAUCCAGAGCUGACAACUAUCCAACCAGUGUUGCUUCUGCCAUUUCCUCUCGGAGACAGAAGCAGGACCUCAGCUGACCUUACUGUGAAAGACACCUGAUGUCUCAGGAAAAAAUUUCAACCAGCCUGUUCUCCGAGUACUCCAGCCUGGUGGUCAGUGUAUUGGUGUCCAUCCAGUCCCCUCCAUUGUCACCUCUUCCCUCACUAUGACUGUCCCAAGGAGCCGGUCACUAAGACAGACAGGCAAUAAUUUUAGAAUUCAAAAUAACAACCAAAGAUGUGCCACAGCCAAGCUCUGCUGACCAAAUCUGAUGUCCUGUUUGGCUCUACUCUGGACAGAGACAGCAAAGGCACUCUCUCUUAAAAGUGAUCUGACUAGAACCAAGCUGGAAUUCAGCAGAGUGCAUGGGUGCUUGAUGUCACAUCACCCAGCAGGGGAGUUAACUCAGUCAUGUGCAAGGUGUGCAUUCCACAUCCCCUACCUGUCUACAAACCCAAGAACAUUAGUUCAGCACCUACUAUCUGCAGAGAACUAUGAGGAGGCCCUUGGAUGGUGAGCAGGGAAUCAAAGGAUCAGCCCCCUCUUUGCACUGAGGUCUUCAA